AUGAUUCCGCCAUGCGAUCCGGUCAUUCUUGAAAAUAACCCUCAAUUUAAGAGACUUUAUACCCACCUGACGACAACUCUACUGAACCCCGAUGGCUCCACUCGCGCCCAGGAUGCGCAACCGGCUCGACAAGCCGUUGUGGAAGAAGUGAAAGCCUGCCGGAUACGAGACGCGAAAAAGCAGAUUAAGAAGCAAGCUUUGCGACGACUGGCAUUCGACCCGGACAGCGGGCUCCCCGACGACUGCCGAGAUCCCGUCGCCAUCAUAACCCUCUAUCUCGAAUCCUCCCCCGACUUACUCAAGCUUGACGACGACCCCAGCGAUGCAGCAACAGACGCGCAAUUACUCCUCGCACCAGACAUCGACGAAUUCUACUCCAACCUCCCUCUCCUAGCCACUCCUCUAUCGAACGUCCUUUCCCAAACGCUCAACGACAUCCGCACAAUCGCCAAUGCAGGAUCAUCGGACUCCUCAGACUCCGGAUCUACAUCAAGACCCAAUGAACCGCCCCGAACAACCCGCGCACGCAAUCGCCAGGCCAUGCUCAGGUCCAUCGCGCAGGUUUCACUCGCCUCCCAGCUCGGGGACCGUAUCCGCGCCCUGCGCCAGAUACAAUUGACGGAGCUUCCGGCAGCUCGGACCCGGAUGGCAGCGACGGCGGCGGAGGUGCUCGCGACGCGGGCAGCAGUGCUGGAGCGCACGGUGAUGCUUCUGGAGCGGGCGAAACAUGGGGCGAUGGCUCGGGCGGCGAAGGCGAAGGCGGACCAUUUGGUUGCGGUGGCUCAGGGGAUAGAGGGGAAGCUUAAUGUCACGAAACUCGAAAUUCUCGCAACGAUACAUACACCAGAGGUUGUGGAUGCGCUACGUAGGUAUUACCAGCAUCUUCGGGAAACGAGGGAACGGCUGGAGGAAAGACGUGCUAUGGCGUUGGAUGAGUUAAAGAGCUACGAGGAUAGUAUCGAUGGAGCCGGGCGCGGACCGAUGAAGGAGCUUGCGCGACAGUAUGGAUCGUUGAUUCGGGAGGUAGAGGAUCCCACUUUAUUCUUGUGCUCAGGAACCAGGUCACCCCAACUUUCUAUUCUCCCCGAACAAAAGAACCCCUCCCACUAUAUAAAAACGAGAAUAAAAAUGGCCGACGAAGCCCUCUCCAUCUACGACGAGAUCGAAAUCGAAGACAUGACCUUCGACCCCGUUCUCCAGAUCUACCACUACCCGUGUCCCUGUGGCGACCGAUUCGAAAUCGCCAUCGACGAUCUCCGUGACGGCGAGGAUAUUGGUGUUUGUCCCAGUUGUAGUUUGAUGAUUCGGGUGAUUUUCGAUCAGGCCGAUCUUCCCAAGGACAGUGAUGAUAAGAAUGGGUCGGCGGCUGUUGCUGUUCAGGCUUAA